AUGAUUAAAAGUCAACUGACAUUAUCAUCAACACCUAUCCUCAAUUUCUAUUAUACUGAACAUAGUAAGUUUUCAAACUUGUUCGAAUUUGAUUGUCUCGAUUAUUUUGUUACCGACGACAUUGUUAAAUAUGAGACACAUUAUUCAUGGGCUCAUCAAUUUAUUGCGUACUGUAUCCGACCCACUCAUGGUACUUGGAAAUCAUUGUCGACGGAGAAUCCAUCAAUGUUCGCGUCAAAUUUUACUUUUGAAGAGCUGAAACAUAAUGGUAUUACUGGCGCAGAACUACUCUCCUGGUCAGCAACGAUGGACCUGGUUGAGAACUACGAAGCUUAUCUGGCUGGUGAUGUGCUCACUAGUGACACGGAUGUCUAUUAUAAUUGUACUCCAUCCUGGUUCGGAAAUCGAUGUGAAUAUACUUUAUCUCUUGGGGAUCAAUUGUCAUUGCCAGAUAUAAUUUCACUUGUUUUCAGUCUGAAGAGUCAUGAUUAUUAUUGGCCAGAUGGUAUUCCGUGCUACACUCUGAUACAGUGUAAUCGUGGACCUCGGGUACGUUGUCUCGAUUGGCGUGAGAUUUGUGAUGGUAAAAUCGAUUGUAUCGAUGGUGGUGCCGAUGAAGUGCAUUGUUGGCAACUCGAACAAUGGGAUGUAGUACCAGGCCAGAAUGAAUUUCGAUGUCAUAAUGGUAUGCACAGUAUUUCGAACCAAUACCAUCGUGAUGCCCUGUUCAAUCCUGAUUGUAUCGAUCGUUCAGAUGAAUCAAGUCAAUCCGAUCAAUGGGAUCAAUGUUAUCAAGAUCCAGCAUUUCGAUGCGAAGAACAUACAUGUCGGAUGAGCCGUGACAAUGCAAUUUUAGUUUGUGGUGAUGGUCAAUGUGUUCGCGAUUGGAAUGAAUGCAAAAAUGGGCGAGGAUAUUCGAGAUGGACGAAUUCCGAUUUGCCCACUCUCCCAUCGAAUUGCGAAGAUUUGAUGUUUUGUUUGACACGAAUGCGUAGUACUGUCAGACGUAUGCCUUGUACAUGGUUUUGUAACGGGCGAUGCGCUUUCAAUCUGCCUUACAAUUGUCCAGAGAAAUUUCCGUUUCCGUCGGAAUUCAUCGCACUUGGUCAUGUUUUCUUUCUCUACGAGAGUGCGAAUGGCGAUCGAACGAUGGACAGAAUUUUACCAAGCUACGUAUGUUUCAAGCCAGAAAAGUGCCCACUGAUUCAAAGCAUAAUGAUGUACAAUGGAAGUGCAUGCUUUCAAUUCGAUCGUAUUAGCUUACGAUUGCAGCAUCAACUACAUUGGCUUCGUUUAGUAUCGCUCAUUGAAGGUUAUUUUCUAACUCAUUGUUUCUUGACCUCUUCUCAAUCAUGUUCGAAUAACGUCACCACACAUCGUUGUGCCAAUUCAUCGAAAUGUAUCUCAAAACAUCGUCUUCUCGAUGGAGUUCAAGAUUGUUUGGAGAACGAUGAUGAAUCGUUUACUGACAGUUGUUCUCUGAAUCACACCGAUCGACAUCGAUGCAUCGAUACCGAGAAAAAAUGCAUUUCUCCGUUUGUUCUGCAUGAUGGUCAGUUUGAUUGCCCGGCUGGUGAAGAUGAGUUUAAGUCAUUGUCAAGAAUUGUCACUAGUCAAACACAAAUUUCAUUUUUCACUCUAUGCGAUGGUUUUCAAGAACUAAUACCAAUCUUAAUCGAUGGUCGAAACCAUACCGAUGAAACUGAAUGUCAUCAAUGGCCGUGUCGAAAUCUCUAUACGGCCUGUAAUAAUAUUUGGAACUGUCCGGAUGGCAGUGAUGAACAAAACUGUCCGGAUAUCAACAGUCAACUAAUCGAUCGAUUAUGUAUUAAUCCAAUAAAAUCGAAUGAUUUCUGCUCAUCACUCUAUGAGAAUAAUUUGACGCAUUGUCGAUUACGGACUAAUGUAUCGCAACUGUGUUUUAAUGUAACAUCUGAUACAUACAAUGAAUUUCACCAGUGGACUACUGAUAAAUACUUACCCCACAGUCAAAUAUGUCAUUUAAUCACUGGGUGUUCAGCUAAUCUUCAUCCAGUCAUGCCAAACAUCAUCGGGCACCAGUUAUUUGUCUGUACGAUUGGAAAAUUAACACAAAUCCAAGAGGUUUCUUGUACUUUAUCGAGAGAGUACAAGUCAUGGUUCUAUAGUAGUCUAAGCUCGACUGUGGCUGUUAAUAAAGUAGUUCCAUCGAUCCGAUCGACACGAGAAAAACGUCAACUGGAUGAGUAUCUUAGUCCUUGGUAUUGCCAUCGGGGUUUAGGCAUUUGGUUUUUGGAUACAGUUCGUCAAAGAAAAUGUCUCUGUCCACCCAGCUACUAUGGAGACCGUUGUCAGUAUCAAAAUCAACGCGUUAGUUUGACACUUUAUAUUGAUUCACAGAACAACUAUCGUUCGAUUUAUAGCGUCGUGGUCAUGUUAGUCGGUGAAGAUGGAAUGAUUGAAUCAUUUGAUCAGAUUUUCUAUAUUCCAAUGCAUCAUUGCGAUAUGCGCAAAUUCAAUCAAUAUUUAAUUUAUCGUUCUCGUCCGAAGGAUCCUCACAAAAAUUUUAGUGUUCAGCUGCAUGCCUAUAAUAAACAUACCUUAAACUAUCAUGGAAGUUGGUUGUUUCUCUUAUCUUUUCCCUUUCUACCUGUUCAUCGUCUGACAGUCGCCAUUCAGAUCCCAUCCGAGCAACCCCCACGUUGUUCGUUUUGGUGUGGUAAUCAUGGUCAAUGCUUUCGAUUUCUGAAUCGAAAGGACCCAGAUGCAUUCUAUUGCCGUUGUGAUCCAGGCUGGACAGGAACACAAUGUCUUGUAAAGUAUGAAGCGUGUCAGCGAUGCGCUUCAGAUUCAUUGUGUAUAGGUCCGAAUAUUUGUGUUUGUCGUCUUGGCACAAGUGGACGUCGCUGCUACGUCAAACUUAAUGGAUGUACUUCACUCUACAGCAGUUGCCCACAGGAUCAUCUGUGUGUACCCUUAUAUAUCCGUGCUUCUCUCAAGCCAUUCAUAUGCUGUGAUCCAGACAAUUCAAGAUGGUCAUGUGAACCUGUCGAUCAAAAAAUUUCAAUCUCAUUUCAUUCCAAGAUCAAAAUUCCUGAUUCGCUGCAGGCUUAUUUGGUUUUGAUCCGUAAUCUUCAAGACUUAAAAUUGACACCUGUAUUUGUUAAAAUUCCGUACGGUCAAGCUUCGGUUAUACUCAAAAUUGGUUACCCAUUCACUUUUGUAUUAGUUACCCUAUGGGCUAAAGAUUAUUAUCUGGUAUAUAAAGGACAAAGCGCAAGUAGUGAUCAAAAUGUCAAUGAGACAAUUUCAGUAUUUGUGGAACCGUCCAAUCGUUGUUUGUCUGUUAGUGAACUAUUCAAUAAUAGCAUUGUGAAGCUUCAUCGUCUUCGGAGAAUGAAGUAUUAUCAUAGACCAUGUCAGGAUCGGUUGGAUUUGGUAUGCUUUUAUGAUGAAAUGUAUCUCUGUGCCUGUGUGGAUAGCAUAAAUCAGCGUCAAGCACAUUGUACAGAGUUCUACCGUAAUGGAUCAGAUAGGUGUCGAGGAAUAGCUAACAAUGGCGGUUGUCUCAACGGAGCUCAAUGCUUGCAAGAUGCACCGACUUGUCCGACAGUGUCCUUGUGUGUGUGUACUGAAUGUUACUAUGGAACUUAUUGUCAAUUUACGACCAAAAGUUUUGGUUUGAAUCUCGAUGCCAUUCUUGGUUAUCAAAUUCGACCGAAUGUCUCUAUUCUACGGCAACCACUGGUGAUCCAAGUGAGUAUAUUAACAAUGGUUCUAAUGUUGCUGAUAGGUGUAUUGGAGAGUUCAGUCUCACUCGGAACAUUUCUUCGAAAAGGGAUCCGUAACGUAGGCUGUGGAAGAUACUUAAUUUGCAGUGCAAUUGCAUCCCUCCUUACAUUGAUCUUCUUUGCUCUGAAGCUUUGGUUUCUUCUCUUGACACAAAUGGCCAUUAUUCGUCACCCUAUAUUUCUGAAAUUGAAUUGUAUGACAAUCGAUUUUUUUCUUCGAGUCUUUCUCAGCAGCUACGAUUGGUUGAAUACCUGUGUCGCUGCCGAACGCGCAAUGGUUGCCUUCAAAGGUACCAGUUUUGAUAAGAAGAAAAGCCUUGAAUUGGCUAAAUGGAUUAUUCUCUGCGUACUCAUGAUUACUAUGUCGACUCACUUAUAUGAUCCAUUUCAUCGUCAUGUACUAAAUAUUGAAGAUGAACAACGUCAAUGGUGCAUACUCACUUAUAACAAUUUUUUCCAAACUCUCAAUCUAAUUAUCGUAUCUUUUCAUAUUUUUAUUCCAUUUUCUAUCAAUGUCAUGGCAGCCCUGAUCAUCAUUGUCGUCGCUACUCGCCAACGACUCAUCAUUCGAAAGGAACACAAUUAUCAACAACAUGUCUUUCAGCAAUUAAAAAUACACAAAAAUCUUUUAAUUUCUCCUUGUAUUUUAAUCUUACUCGCUCUACCUCGCUUGAUUAUCUCAUUUAUCUCCGGUUGUAUGAAUUCAAUACGAGAUCCUGGGCUUUUUCUCAUCGGUUACUUCGUUUCGUUUCUGCCUUCAAUGCUAACGAUCGUUGUUUUCAUUUUUCCGUCGAAGAAGUACAGGAGAGAAUGCAUCACAUUGAUCAAAGAUGUUCAGAAAAAACUUUCAUUUUUUCAUUAAUCAAAUGGCAUUUUUCGAUGUUGUAUAUCGCAGUUUGCUAACAAAAAAAAUGACAGUCGACGCCUUGCGAAAAGCAUCGGACUCGAUGAAAUUACUAUGUAUGUAAAUAAAAAGCUUGCUUAUCGAGAAAAUCUUUGAUUCUUCAGUGCCG